CCUCUUCUGCGCGGGUAGCGCGGGGUAUGUUGGGGUUUGUUUCGGAGUGUACUUCAUCUGUGAGCGUGGCAAGCGUUUGUUGAAUAUCUUGAAUUGAAGCUCACUACUUUGUACUGUUCUGCCAGUUUCCAAUAUGCACUGCCCGCACGACUGCUCGCAUGGUUCAGCGGCGCCGUCAGUACACCAAACAUUGGAAGAAUUAGAUUUUAGCAGGGGACUACUGGGUGCAGCCUCUGAUGGAAACUACAAGAAGGUCGAGUCACUUCUUCAAAAAGGCGAUAACCCUGAUCAGGUGGACACUUACGGCUACAGUGCACUUAUCUAUGCUUGCAGGCAUGGGCAUUCCGACAUUGUUGAGCUGCUGCUCAGUCGUGGCGCGCAACCAAACGUGCAGACCAAUGGAGGUGCCACCGCUCUCCACCGUGCUUCUUACCAUGGGCACCUGAAAUGCGUGCGUUUACUUCUCAACAAAGGCGCAGACUGCACCUUAGUAGACAGCGAUGGGAAAACAGCCCUGCAUAAGGCUGCAGAAAAUGGACAUGAGGAAGUCUGCAGGAUGCUUUUGCUGAAGUCCCCAGGUCUGCUUUUGCUGAAGGACAGUCAUGGAAGAACCGCAUUGGACUGUGCACUGCCAAAGCAUUCACACCUCUCCGAAGUGCUUCGGUGACCACAACAAACAUGGACAACGAUGGUGGAACAAAACACUUUAGCAGACUCCGACACAUCGUGCUUCACUGUACCUGUGUGUUCCACUGUACAUGCUACUUACUGCAGGCAACCUUGUCACACUUUUCUUGCCCAUAUCCGGUGUAUCACUACUAGCUUGGGAUUCUUGCGUCCACUUGCUCAACUGCAUGUGCACGGUUGUCAUGCAAUAAUCAGAGCGAGAUUGCCAAAGCAAACUAUUGUGAUCAAAGGGGACUGUGAUUGUUUGACACCUUUGUUGAUCUUAUAUAAGUAAAGAAAGUUUGUUGAACUUAAUAUGGUAGUGACCUAAUGAAACCCUGUGUCCCACUUGUUGCAGCAAAGUCCAAGAGUGUUUCUUAGCAUAGCACAGUGCCAAUAUUAAAUGGAACACUGAACUAUUCGAGCAAUGAUUUAAGGAAAUGUGCAAGUUUGAACUUUUGCUGGUACUUACCGAGUGGCUCUUGUGUUGAAGAAUGUGCCUUAUGCUACCUUCUAGACUCGAGCAAAAAUAGUUACAACUAACUAAAGCCCAUUUCACAUGGUGUGAUUUUGUCUGCAAAUUCGCAGCUGUGGGAAAUAGGCUGCUGGACCCUUCGUGCGUGCGAUUUUUUGAUGUUCGGCAGUGCUGAACUUCUCUGCGAAAACGCAGAUGCGGUGGAAACAGACGACCAAUAGGAGGUGGCUCGCUUUAUUUUUUUGUUUCACUAACUACUGUUAAUAAAACUUUCAGAAGUUUAAAUAUAUAGUUUAGAAACAUUGCAGAGUCGUUAUUUUAACAAAAAAAUUGUUGGUAAAACAUGCACCGAACAAUAUACGAGUUUGCAAACCCUGUGCUACGAGUAUGCGAAAAACGCAGCUGCCGUGGAUCCAUGUGAAACGGGAUUGGGAAAUUCGCAUUUGCGGAAAUCGUAGCUGCGAAAAACGCACUACAAAAUCGCACCAUGUGAAACGGGCUUAAUAGUCAUGAAUGCCGAUCAGGUGCUCCAUUUGUUAUUAGUCCUUUGUGUACAUGCCCAAGUGAACUUCUAAAUACAGUCACUUAUCUGCAAACAUCAAGUAAAACAACAACGACAAUGGUCUGUUAUUCUUGCUUUUAUUGUCUGGAAUGUACGUUCAGUCAUUUACAGAAGUUUGUGAUUACUCGACAUUACCACACCCUCCACGCUGGAAUGUGCUGCAAAGAUGUUCAUUGCAGUAUAUUUUGUACAGUGGAAAUAUUGGCUGCCACAAGUGGAGAGCACUCAUAGACUCUCUGCUGCCUUCUAUGUUCACAACUCUGAGAAGUAUAUGUAAAAAGAAGAAAAAACAAA